CUCAUUCAAUUAUCAAUCAACUUUCAAGUUACAAGUUCAUACGAACUAGUUCUUUGUGCAAGCUUCUGUUGAGAGUGCUCCAGGAGUUUCACGUGUCUCUUAUCAACUAGAGAACGCGUCUAGUUGUGGCGAGCUUCUACCCAAUAGCGAUUGGCCUUAUUCACGAGUGGGUGAUUGUUUGAUUGGUUUCAUAUACCAAUUGGCCCUUCACACGAGUUGGAAUCUGUUUGAUCGUGUUCCAUAUCUAUCCUUUAUUUUCAAGUUGUCAAGAAAAGCUUUGAAAAUUCCGUAAAAAGAAGGAAGGCUGCGUACUUCGGUUAUAUAAUCCGAGUUCGAGGGUUCUCUUCGGAUUUGGAUCACAUCAAGGGGUAAGCUGGGAAGGGAAGCUGAUGGAUAGAUAUAAGGUAAAAUUGAUAUGGGAACACUUCAGGCAUAAAGAAGAGGACAAGCCCUGGUUUAAGCUGAUUUGGCAGCCCAUUCUCAUCGCAAAGAACUCUCUGAUUUCUUGGCUUAUUACUCUAAACCGAAUCUCUACUUUUGACAAGAUACAAAAGUGGCAGCCAGAGAUUGUGAAUAGAUGCCCUCUGUGCUUGGGGCACGAGGAAUCCAGGGACCAUUUGUUUUUUGCAUGCUCUUUUGUGCAGGAGGUGAUAGAGGCUGUCUUUCCACCAAGCUGGGGAUACCUUCCUAGAGGAGGGUGGGGAGCUGGGUUGCAGGAAGCUGUGAUAAAGCUCCAAGACUGUUGUGUGGGGAGGGUGUUGUGGAACGCGACGAUUAGUGCGAUCUGGAGGGAGAGGUGCAGUAGAGUAUAUGGGAAGAAGAUAGUGGAGGCAGAAGACUUAAUUGCCAACCUGAAACAGAUAAUGGAGGCGAUGAUGCUAGGCAAUCUGAAGUUCAGUCUAGCAGUAGAGAAGAGGAAGCUUUGGUUCAUGUAACCUGGAAGAAUUGUUAACUGUACAGAGUAAGUGCUGCAGUAGUUUAGGUUUGCACGAAUUGUUACUAGUGGUUUCGGUAGAUAGGAGAGUAGCAGGCAGUGUAUGACCCUUGUACAGACAGUACUUUGAUGGAAUAAAACCGGCUUAUUCAUAAAUAAAUAAAUAAAAACUUUCAAAAGUUUGCAUAUGAAGGAUUACAUAUUUUGUACAUAUUACAUAAAAUGUUAGCAUUUUUUUGUAUAGAAUAAAGUGUUAGCAUAGUUAAUGGCGUUGUUAAAUCGAAACUGAUACUUACCUCUUCUUCAUCUUUCAUUUUUAAUUGAUUUAGCGCAUGUAGUGUUUUGGUUUGGAUUGACUAUUGAUGUUUUUUUGGGCUUUUCACUGGAGGAAUAGGUGCAUCACCGUCACUUUAUUCACAAAAAGAAUGGUAAUUAUUCUCUUCUAUCUUUUUAAACUUCAAACUUAUAAUAAUGCAAUGCAUAACCAAAUAUGAUGAUUAAAUUAUUGUAAAUUUCACCUUGGCACAAAAUUAAUAAAUUUUGAAUUUCUUAGAUUCGCUUAGCGGCAAGGUCGCUCCAGUUGAGGAGAAGGUGUUCUCGCCUUCAAAUUUGAAGAUUAUUUAAUUAAUUGUCAUUAAUGUAAUUUCAAAUGUUUGGAUUAAUAAUAAAAUAAUUUAGAUGUUUCCUUACAAUUGUAAGAAUCAACAUUUAAUGAUGUAAAGACCAAAAUGAGUGGGCCAUCACUCUCAUUUGCAAGGAUGACAAUUAAUUGGGUAAUUAUCCUACAAAAGAGAGUGACCUUGACAACCAAUCCCCUGUACCCAAAUUAUAAAUUAAAAUUAAUUAGAGUUAAAGUAAUGCAUGCUAUUUUAAACAGAAAGCUUAUAUAACUACAUACUCGGGACGUUUGAGUUUGAGAUCUUUGCGGGUAACUUUUCUAGUGAGUAUAGUAGUUGUGAAUAAAUAUGAAUGCUUAAUAAGCUGGCCGACAACAUUUGUGGAAUAAAAAAUGAAAAGUGAAUGAUUUUGUUAUACAUGCACAAGUUUGAAUUAUGUUUGAAUUGAAUAGUAAUUCGAACUUGGAAGAAAUUUCCUUUGGUUUCACUUCUCGUCAAUAUCAUCUAGUUUGAUGAAAUUAAACUUAUACGUUCAAAUGGCUGAAAUAUUUUCGCAUGUUUGGGCCUCAAUAUUUUAUUCAAACUUGAUUACAGAUUUGUUCGUAAUUUGACUGUAAUCUCUUAUCUCCUAUUGGCAGGAAGAACUAGAAGUUCUUAAUGAUGUAGACUCUCUAAUCAUGAAACAUGGGUUGAAGUCCUUGAUUUGCCCGUUGAGUAUUUGCACCCAAAUAUCAUUACCUUGAAAAAGUAAAAUAACCAUAUUGAUAAGAUUGUGAAACUUUAAUCAUAAAGUUUGAUUUUGUGUGGUUGCAGUUAGUAUACAUUCGAGUCAAAAACUAUCAUAUUGAUGCUCAUGCCAUUAGCAAAUGUUGUUUGCGUUUCAUAAAGAGAUUCAUCGGAAUCAACUACACUUUCUGUGCUAUAAAAACAUCUAUAUUUUUCCUAAAUCACAUGUGUAUGAGCACACAUUAAAUUGAAAGAUGUAUAUGAUUAUGCUAAUAAAAUCAUUUGUACUUACAUUCAAUUUUUAGCGAUCGAAUUGAAGCACUAUUUGAUUGUUUAGAUGAUUAUCUAUGAAGAAUAUUUCUUCGAGGCAUAGAACUACAAAAAAUACAGUCACAAAAUAUUAGUCUAAAUAAUAUAAGAAAAAUAGUUUGAUGGCAGGGUUCUAACAUGAACAUGGAAAACCUUAAUUAAUUACUUAAACUUUGUUUAUGGUUUCUAAUAUAAAUGCAAUUAGUGA